CUUAAUUCUGCUUGCCAAAGGUCCAUUAUCUAUGCUGAUGUCUUUUUGGCAUUUCCUUUGUGCUCCCAUGAAGUGUGUCGCAAGCUGGAUUGAGCCAGAGCCAUCCGAGUCUGACUCGGAAGAUUAUACCUGGACUCAGACGCACAGCUUCUUUGUGCUCAUGGGUGGUUUCAUGCUUUAUGUGGACGGGAAACCCUACCUUACACUACGUCCUGACUACAUUCUCAAACUGAUACGUAACAAGUGUAUCGACGUUCCUACCCUGACCGCAAAGCAGAUCCAUGACAGGAGCAAAGGCAAUGCGAUAUCAAAAGCAUUGGUCAUGCUUCAGGUGGCCUGGUUUGUUCUGCAGCUCAUCACCCGCGCCAUCUAUCACCUCGAAACCACUCAGCUCGAAGUGGGGACACUCGCUUUUGCGGUCCUCAGUUUCCUAACUUAUGCUAUGUGGUGGGACAAGCCUCUCGAUGUGCGAUGUUCACAUCCAGUGUACUGGAAGUCGACCGAGUCAAUGCCAGAGGAUCACAUUGAUGUCAGUGACACAGACGAAUUCGCUCCGCUUCCCAUCGCCCGCUCAAUUUUCGAACUGAUGGGCUUUCCUCGCAUUCCUACAUCUCAAAAGCUCCAAGUUCCAACAUUUGAUGGCAGCAUCACUCUCAAAGAUUCGGACAAAAAAGUUCUUCGGCUUGCUGCAAUGCUUAUGGCGACCAUAUUCGGUGGCGUCCAUUGUAUGGCUUGGUUCUUUGCCUUUCCCACACACCAGGAACAGAUGCUAUGGCGCAUCAGUGCCGUCGCCACAACUUGCACACCCUGUCUUUGUUGGAGUCUCUACUCUGACUCGGAAGUGACCCAUUCAGUACUUCAGCGUUUUCCAAAUCCAUUAAAGUAUGUCGUGUGGGGUGUGUAUUUUCUGAUUUAUUUCGCAUGUUUCGCAUUGUACGUCCCAGCUCGUGCCGUUCUCUUGGUACUUAUGUUUACCACUUUACACAAUCUUCCUCCUGACGCAUUCAAGGCGGUGUCAUGGACUAGUAUGGUACCACACUUGUAGUUUUUGAUUAUGGUGAUCCAGAUAUACUUAUACUUCAUACUUUUCUCAUAAUAUUCAGAUGUGGUCGACGAUAUUUGAAGCUAGGUAUCGAAGUUCCCGCACAGGAUCUUGAAGGUGAGUUAUCUAAACUUUGUUCCUUUCUUCAGCAAUUCGCGUUCCUGUGUUGCGGUCUCACUCGUGCCUUUCCAAUAUGUUUGUUCUUUUGCGGCUCAUCUGAAU